UGCUCGUGGCGACCUCUUUGUUUGUCUAUUGUCAUAUGCGUUGAGUAUAUAGAUAUGUACAUCUAUAAGUUUGCACGUGGUUCACAAUUUUGACUUUUAAUAAACUUUGAACAAUAUGAGUGGCAAAUUCGAUAUAAUUUAACAUUUUGGUAUAUCUCCAUUUUCAAAAUGCAAGUAUCUUGCCCGAACGAUGUAAAAAUAUAUAAUUUAAGCGCUGGAAAGUCUCUGCCGGAGUGGUUGACUGAACGCAAAAGGCGUAGCUUACUGAAGAAAAAUGUCGAUAUUCGACGUCGAAUUGAACUUAUCCAAGAUUUUGACAUGCCUGGCAUCAGCACUUCUAUCAAAGUUACAAAUGAUGGACAAUAUAUAUUAGCGACAGGUAUAUAUAAGCCACGUGUAAAAUGUUUUGAUGUAAAGAACCUGUCUUUGAAGUUUGAAAGAUGUUUUGACUCUGAAGUUGCUGCAUUUGACAUAUUAUCGGAUGAUUAUAGCAAAUUGGCAUUUCUGCGCUGCGACCGAAGUGUCGAGUUUCAUGUUGCAUAUGGAAAAUAUUACAUACUCAGAGUACCUCGUUUUGGAAGAGAUCUAAAAUAUCAUUAUCCAUCUUGUGAUCUUUUUGUAGUGGGAGAUAGUAGCGAGAUUUACAGAAUAAAUCUUGAAAGAGGACAAUUUCUGCAGUCCUUCUUGACAGAGGCAUCGUCUGUAAAUAAGUGUGAAAUCAAUUCAGUUCAUCAUCUUCUUACUAUUGGAACAGAAGAGGGAAAGAUAGAAGCUUGGGAUCCUCGAGUCAGAAACAGAGUUGGUACUUUAGAUUGUGCUUUACAUUGUGUUGGAGAAAACAACAAAUUAGAAAAAGUUCCUGCCAUUACUAGUUUAAAAUAUCAAGCGGGUUUAACACUUGGAGUAGGCACAUCAACUGGACAAAUAUUAUUGUACGAUAUUCGUUCCAGUAAACCAUUUUUAAUAAAAGAUCACAUGUAUGGACUGCCUAUUAAAAAUGUUGAAUUUCAUCAAACAAUGGAUAUGGUCUAUUCCAUGGAUAGUUCUAUCGUGAAGAUAUGGGAAAGGAAUAAUGGUAAAUUGUAUACGUCCAUAGAAGCGCAGCACGAUUUUAAUGAUAUGUGUGUCAUACCAAACACUGGAAUGCUUUUAAUUGCCAAUGAAAAUACAAAGAUGCAAACGUUUUACAUUCCUUCCCUUGGUCCAGCUCCCUAUUGGUGCAGUUUUCUGGAUAAUCUAACAGAAGAAUUGGAAGAAUUAAAUUACGAAAUCAUUUAUGAUGAUUAUAAAUUUGUAACUGAAAAAGAGCUAGAAGAAUUAAGUCUUUCGCAUUUGAAAGGUACUAAUCUUCUUAGGGCCUACAUGCAUGGCUAUUUUAUGGACAUUCGAUUAUAUAGGAAAGCAAGAGAUGUAAUGAAACCGUUUGAAUUUGAACAAUAUAAAAAGAAGAAAAUUCAGCAAAAAAUAGAAGAAAUUCGUGGUAGUAGAGUACAGAUUCAAAAAGUACCGAGUGUAAAUAAAGAACUCGCAUUGAAGUUGAUGGAUAACGAGACAAAUGCAAAAAAGAAGAAAAAGAAUUCCUCUACUCUGUUAACGGAUGAACGUUUUAAACAACUGUUUACUAAUCCAGAUUUCCAAGUGGACAAAAAUUCGGCAGAAUAUACGUUGUUAAAUCCUGUUAUUUCACAACUUAACAAACACAAAAUGAAGAAGUUGAAAGUCAAAGCAGAUGAGGAAGAAAUGAAAGAAAAAAUUGAAAUCGAUCACACGGAAGAUGAACAUGAUAACAGCUCAGACGAAAGCUUUAUUCAUGAUGAUAGCAGUUCAGAAGACGAAAAACAAUGGGUUAAGGAAGUGAAAAACCAAUACCGAUUGAUAAAAAAGAAUGAAAGACAAACACAAGAAAAUAAUGAAAGUAUGACAGAUACAAACGAACUUGUUAAGAACGAGCCUCAAUUCUAUGAAAUCAAAGAACAUGUAGAAUUCAAAGAUGCAAGGCCAAUAGCAAAAAAACAAAGCAAAGCUACUUUGGGAGAGAGACUGAGAAAAAAUGAAAAUGAGGGUCUUAAAAUGUCUAGUUCUCGCGGUAACAGAGAAAUGACUUUCAUUAUUGAAAAGAAACAGGCAAGAAGAGGAAGAAAAUUGCAGGUGAAGAGACAUGGGAAAGAAUACAAACACUUAUUAAGACCAGUAGGAAAUUUAUACAAAAAGAGACGUUAAUAUUGAAGGCUGUAUUUAAUCUGUUAAAUUCUUCUAGAGAAUAAACAAUAUUUUUACAUCGCUA